UACAAAACUCGCUCACAUGAUAAUGAAUAAUAGAAUUAUUAAAAAGUGUUGGCGUGAUUCGGCUUCAUUAGUACUUCUUGCUAGGCAAAAUGUGGACCGGUUGACGAGUACUGUGUCAAAUAAGUGUAACUACGAUAUCUUAUUCCAGACGAGAACGCUCAAGGCGACAUUUUCGAAUGGUGUAGUGUUUCCGGGCGGUAUUACGGAGGUAGCUGACGCAAGUGACAAUUGGCUGACUCUCUUCAAAUCCUUCGGCUACACGCAACAAGAUUUCGAAUCCUUCUCCAAAAAAAACUUUAUCACAAAUCUUAUAUUUAAAGAUAAUCCAAUACAAAAGCACAUAACUUUAAGAAUAACAGCUAUAAGAGAAACAUUUGAGGAACUUGGAUUACUUAUAUGCAGUAGUUAUCACAAAGAUAAUACUGGAAAAGGAAUUUGUACAAAGGUCUUACCCAAUGUUGACACUAAAUAUUGGCAGAGCAAGGUUAGCAGAGAACCGCUGGAGUUUUUAAAUCUAUGCAAGGCGUACAAUUGUUAUCCAGAUAUAUGGUCAUUACAUUACUGGAGCAAUUGGUUGUCUCCAGUGUUCUUGCCUAAGAGGUUUGAUACUGCCUUCUUUGUAGCUGCUCUUGAAGAUAAACCGGAAAUAGUUGGAGUGGAAGACAGUCAGGAAGUUGCGAAAGUGGAAUGGUCUCAUCCAUUGGAUAUAUUAAAGAGGAAUAGUAAAAACGAACUCCAACUUUAUCCACCACAAGGUUAUGAGUUGCAUCGUUUCAAUUACUUUACUGAUGUUGAGGAAAUAAUAACAUUUGCAAAAGAUACCACAAGUCGGGGUAGUGAGCUUAUUUACCCUAUUACGGUAAAAACUUCAGAUGGUGUGGUGUUCUUACUGCCAGGUGACCAUUUGUACCCAGCAGACAUUGACUACAACAGUGCUCACAUUAAAAGAGAAAGCCAAUCAACAUUGAAACUUCGUGACCACACAAAAACUCUCCAUCGAUUUGAAGUAAUUGGAUCUGAAGGAACCAUAGUUGUAAAUAAUUAUACCCCACUUAACCAUAUUAACAUGGAAAACCAAGUAAAACCAGUUAAUAUUUCAUUUACUUCUUAA